GACUGGUCAGAGCCAGGCUUAGCCCCAGCCCUGCACGGGCGCCUGCCACGCCUGCACCCCUCGCCGGCGCAGAGGGCAGCGCCCAGCUUGUCGCCCUCUCCUCCGGACCGUGGCGGGUCAGUACUGCGUCAGCACUGGGGAGGAGGAAGAGGAGAAGGAGAAGGAAGUGACCGUUGGAUGCUCACAGCGAUACCCCUCUUGGGGUUGCCGUUGGGUGAGGAUGAUGAGGAUGCACCCUGCUUUGGGGGCUCCUGACCUGUUAGCCUGGGAGGGGGCCCCAAACUGUGCUGGAGGGUUGACAGGACGCUAUGUGAACACUGCUGCCUUCAAACUCUUCCAGCAGCCGUGCUGAAGGCCUCCUCCUGCCCUGGAGCAGCACCCUCAUCCCGCACCCAGCCCCGAGAGGACUCAGGGGGCAGCGGGUUAGGGGGGCAGCAGCCGUGGGGCAGCUGCUCCCAUGGAGGUGGCAGCAGGCGAGGAGGCACAGCCUAGCUCCCAGCCGGGGCAGGCAGCCAAUGAGGAAAGCUGUGCCGGGCAGCAGGAUGAGAGCGAGCCUGCGGGGUUGGGGGGCCCUGCAGAGCCCCCCCAGCUCUGCGGAGAGGCACCCGCUCCUGCCUGGGGACGCUGGAAUGUGCCGCUGGUGGAGGAUGCAACCGCAGUGCUCCUGCCCAGACAUGACGAGACGCCUGCCCACAGUGCGUCCCUGCCUGUGGAGCAGGACCCUCCUGCUGCCACCGCCGCCAGCCCCAUCCUGCCCUGCAGUGAGAGCCCAGUGCCACAGCAGGGCUCACCCAGCCUGGAAAGCACCUCCAGCUCCAUCCUGAGCCUCUCGGGUGAGGAAGAGGAGACAUCGAGCAGUGAGGCGGUGGCAGAGCCGUGCCACGUGCUGGCGGGCAGCGAAGAUGAGUGUCCCAUCUGCACGGAGCCCUACGACGAUGAGCGACACAAACCAGCCCUGCUCAACUGCAACCACGGGCUGUGCCGCGCCUGCCUGCGUGCCAUCAUGGACACGGCUGCCAGCGCCGAGUUUGGCCGCGUGCGCUGCCCCAUUUGCCGCCAGAAGACUCCCAUGCUGGAAUGGGAGAUCUGCAAGCUGCAAGAGGAGCUGCUGCUGCUGCACGCCCAGCCUGGCUCUUCUGAUGCCCUGGCCACUCCACGGCCCCCUGCCCUGCCACCACGGCGCCCGGGCCUCGCCGGUGCCCUUGAGCAUCGCUUCCAGGUGCGCUUCCACACCAGCCGCAUGUUUGGGUGCCUGCCCUGUGUCCGCUACCCACCCUGCCUCAUCCGUGGGCUGGGGCGACUGGAGCGCCGCUGCCGCUGCUGCUACCUCGUGGUGCUGGCGCUGCUGCUGGCGGCCGAGAUGCUCAGCCUCCUCCUCAUCUUCCUCCCCAUCGUCCUGAUGGUACUGCUCUUCCUCAUCCUCGAUAAAUAGCGUUGGGUUUGUGCCUCCAGGCUGGGCCGUGCAUGGAGAGAGGAGUUCUGCUCCGGCUUUGCCCCUGGGGUGGUGCUGGGUGGUGAUGCCAGCCUGGAAGCGAGCCUGGGAAUGCAGGCACCCAGGAUAUCCCAAGUGCUGCCAGUGAGCCCACAGUGGUGGAGGCAGCGGAGGAGCUGGAGUGGGUGGCC